AUGGAACGUUGGGAGGGUAAAAUUGCAAUAGUGACCGGUGCUAGUACCGGAAUUGGGGCCGCAACGUCCAAAAUUCUAGUCCAAAAAGGACUCAAAGUUGUUGGACUAGCGCGCCGAGUCGAUCUAAUCGAAGAACUAACCCUAAGCUUGACGGACGCCCCUGGUGAACUCUACGCUGUCAAAUGUGACUUAACCAAAGAGGAAGAAAUCUUGGAAGCCUUCAAAUGGGUGAAGGACAAUCUCGGACCGGUCCACAUUUUGGUCAACAAUGCGGGCUUCAUCAGGCCCACCAACCUUCUAGAGGGUUCAACCGAAGACUGGCGUCUCACUUUUGACGUAAACGUAAUGGCAAUGUGCAUUUGCACUCGUGAGGCUGUCAAGGUCAUGCGUGAGAAUAACAUAGCCGGCCAUGUAAUAAACAUGAAUUCAGUCGUGGGUCGAUACCCUGUGUGUCUACCCACGCCCACCCUUAACGUCUACCCUGCGUCUAAGUAUGCGGUUACGGCGCUUACGGAAAACAUGCGACAAGAAAUGCGUUAUUUCAAUACGGGGAUUAAAGUUACGAGUAUCAGUCCAGGGAUUGUUAUUUCAGAGUUUCAGGAGGGGUUUUGCAAGGAUGGGACUAAGGAGGCUAUGAGGAAUGGACCGGUACUUUACCCCGAAGAUGUCGCCGACGCCAUUAUUUAUACUUUGUCAACGCCGCCUCAUGUUCAAGUAUCGUGUUUGGGGAAAUUUGUUUUUUUUAAUUGUUUUUUUCAGGUUCAUGAUAUUUUUAUGCACCCACUGGGGGAGAUGAUUUAGUAAGUUUUCUUGUUAUGAAAAUAAAUGAUUGUUGUUAAUUGUCA